CCUUCGCUCUUUCCCUUUUCCUUCCUUCGGCUGCUUCCGUCUCGCUUUUUAGAUCAUCCGCCUCCUCCGUCGAUCCUAUUUACUCGGCGUGUGAGUCGGAGUUCGCGAGUAGUCCUGUUGCCAAACAGGCGGGCGUGGGUCGCAUUUCUCCUGCGCCAAACGGUGCCACCGCGGUGGCUUUGACAUCGCCACCGGCACACGAGGUGUUGUCGGUGCCGUAGGUGGGAACCAGUACCUCGGCGUCUAUCGCGGCGCGCAGACCUCGAGGAUGUGUCGCGGCGCGUUUCAACGUGCGCGCAAAAAAAACCAGCGGCUGAGCUUGGCGUCGUAGGCGGAGCAGGUUUUUCCAAAGAUCUCCUCGGGACAUCCCCGAGGGUGUUCAUUCAUCGAGUGUGCUGUCCUCCGCCCAGUUGAUCCACUCCACUUCUCGCGAUGAUCGGUGGUGGCCCCGUGGCACAGAAGUGAUCCCUUGCGUGCGUAUCCUCGAGCGAUCGGACGAUUUGAUCUGACCGACGUAGUGAAGAAGAAAACCCGGGCGCGGGGUGAAUUCGACGAGGAAAUUUGAAAAGCUUCGCUUUAGGCAAGCGGAAUUAGUUCGAUUGAUAGGUAUCGGGGAAGAUACGGCGCGUCGCGAAGGCACAAGGAGCUCCCGACGUUGCGGACGCGCGACGAGGAUUAUAUCGGUCUACGAGGGUGUCGGAGAGAAGCGGGAAGGUUCAGGCAGAAAAACAGAUAGCGCGUAAACCUCUCCUCUAUCCGCUCGCGACACGUUCACCGUUCGUGCGCGUGUCUGAUGUCGAUCGCGACCAGAACAAGAAGACACAAACUACAACACAGACGCACAUAGCUCGCUGUUACAUAGAUCUCUCGUCCGAGCGCGUAUCUUUGUCGUUCUCCAACUUGAAACCUAGAACAUUGGAAAAUCUUGAAGAGAGUACGCGAGUCUCUAUCUACAAAUCGCGCAAUGUUUUGCUUCCAAAGUCCAUUCACGCGAUCGUCGCGCGGCGUCGUGCCGCUAUCGACGAGCAAAAGCAAAUCCUCGCUGACCAACGCGAUCCUAUCGCCCACCAUCGGACGUGGUACAACGUCCAAUAUGACCGAGCACAACCGACGCGGCUCCGAGGCAACCAGCGAAGGCUCCAACUCCUCCAUCAAGUUCAUUGACCAAGAAGCCUCGAUAUCCGGUGGCAGCAGCACGGAUACUCUACCGGGUAUUCGUGCCGAUUAUCUCGAUCCCGAACCCUUGUCGCCCGGACCGGACGCUCUGACCUCGCCGAGCGGUAUAACGGUCAUUCUGAACGGCAUCAACGGUACCAACGAGCGACAGAUUCUGUCGCGAGAUGAGAAAAAUCAGACGCGUUCCUUGCCGUCGCCGACGUCAAAGAAAUCAAACAACAACGGCAGCAGUUGGCGUCGCAAACUCAUGCUACGCCUUCGCUCCAAUGAUUCCUCAAAUUUGAACAACGGCGAAACGCGCUCCUCUUCAACGUCUCCCUCGCCCGCCAGCGAAUCCCCGUUAGCGGAGUCUUCGUCCUCGUCGAGGAAUACUCAUACGGACGAGGGGCAGCAAGGCGGCAACGUCACGGCUGCGACGACCGCCUCAUCGCCGUCGGUGCAGAUCGACGUGAUCGGAAGUCCCCAGGUAGCCACCGUCUCCGUUGGCGAUAUACCGUCUCUGGAGAAUGGUUUCAGUGAGGAAGAAAACGACGAGGAAGACGAGGAAUUCUGUCCGGAAAACGAAACGGAAGAGGCUUGCCCGGAGACCGAGACGGAGGAGGGCUCGUCUUUGCCGUCUAGCCCCGCGGCCGCGUCUACCGUCGGUUUGACUUCUUCCACGGCAACCUAUUACGAUUUUCUCUCGGUGAACGGUGGCGCGAUGCGGCAGGAGACCACUAGCACUAGCUCGCCGCAGCUGUCGUCCGGCGCGAGUCUACGUUCCAGCGUGGAAUCACCACCCGCCGAUACCUGCAGUUCCUACGGCGAGGACAGCAGCCCGGGGAUAGAUUCGCUGAAGCCCGAGGGUCUGGACGCGUCCGGAUGUCUGCCAGCUGCGAGAUCCUGUCCAAAUCUCGAACGACAGAGCGCGGGUUGCUCGUCGGCCAGCGGCUCGUCGAGCCCGAGUCCGAGCCCAGGUCCGGCCGGUCCCCGUUUCAAACCCCUCGAGGAGGGCGAUAUACAGGUGUGCUACCUAAAUCACACCCGGACCCUCGUGAAGAAAAUUCUGUCUAGCAAAUUUCUAAGGCGCUGGGAAACGCAUCAUCUUUACCUCAAUGACGCUUGCCUGUCUUCAAAAACGCUCACGGGUUUUCUCCAACAACCUAUUCCGUACAGCAGCAUGUCGGAGGUCCGAAAAUACGUCGCCGCCAGGUGGGACCCCGUGUAUAAGAACUGCCUCAGCAUCGUCCUGCCGGAUGGUUCGCUUCUUCUGCAAGCCAGCAACGCUUACACGAGGGACCAGUGGUACCAUUCGAUAUUAUGGAAAAAAAGCAUCUUUAAGUAUCAACACCUGGUGUCGAUGACCGUUCGAGAAGACGUGAUACUACGCGAAUUGCGCACUAUGGUAGACUUCGCUCUGUGGACGCCGCUCCAGGACGAGAGGGUAGCCGGUGCCCCAUUGGAAGCGGUGGUUAAAUUGUUGGACGAGCCCAACGCUGAGACUGAUUCAGAUGGGAAAUCCGUGGAGGGUUUUGUUCGUUAUCGUAAAAACUGGGUGGAGGAUGUGGUUAUCAUAGUGGCUCCUCUUCUGGAAAAGGCGGUGCCGCCGGCGUCACUCACGAGGGUACUCACCAGACUGGCGCAGCAGAAUCCGCGAUCGCAGCUGGUCCCGAUGUUGUUCCCAGCGAUCACGAGAUGCCUGAAGCACACCGUUGAUUUUGGCAAAUCGCCGGACAUGAGAAAGCUGCUGCAGGUGUUUAUCGCUGCAUUGUACGAGAAUAACGACGGCGAGCAGGCGAUCAGAGAUUACAUCUCGUCAGUUCACGGGCCGGGUAGUGAUUGUCCGCACCCGAGGGUACUCCCCAAUCUCGUGUCCAUUUGCGUCGCGGCCAUAUUCCACAGGUUCGAGGUGUCGAGUCGCGCGUCAUUGAAUGAGGAGAAGCCGCCGUCGUUACCGCCGUUGCAGUGUUACUUGCACGUCUUGAAUAUCGCAUCGGAGUACGCUGACUGGUGUCCGGGUCUCGCGGGACUGCUGCAACCCGUCCCGUUUCCGGAAGAGGCUUUGACCGUGAGAGACGUGCAGGAGUCCAUUCUGUUGUGCGUGAUGCGACGACUGGCGAAAGACCCGAGGUGCACGGUGCAUCGUGUUUUGCUGCCUGUCAGAGAACCGCGGCCAGGCUGGAUCCACAUCGCCGCGCCGUCUAGCCCGGCUUGCCCAGACCGCGGAGAAUUAUUCGGCGAGAUGCUCACCACUCUACUGGCGUGCUGCUGUCGGCGGAAGAGAUUCAUCGCGUCCUUACUGAAGCAGGCGGGUGAUGAUUGCAUUCUCCUAGCGGUGCGAGGCUGCGACGCAGCGCAAGAGACUCUGUGCUUGAUGCUCGAGUGGCGUUUAUUGCCAAACGAAGAGGCAAGACUUCAGAUAAUCAACGCACUUGAGUCCACGGAAUCCGGGAAGAAGCGCUAUGCCGCUCUCUGCCAGAGGCAGAAGAACCUGCAGGAAUUGCAACAAAAAGGCGGACCUCGGAAAUUGACACUACCGGUACGAGCGACCGACGCCGACGUCGCUCUUCUGCUAGGCGGUCGUGCCCUUGGUAAUCUCGAAUGCCUCAGCCUGGCCUUCACUUCCGUGACGUCCGCGUGCGCGGAACAAUUGAUAAAGUUACCGGCGCUGAGAUACCUGAACUUAUGGGCUACGCAGUUCGGUGAUACCGGCCUACAGAUGAUCAGCGAGCACUUGCAGAAGCUGCAGGUGCUAAAUCUCUGCGAGACGCCCGUCUCCGACAAAGGCAUCUCCACGUUGGCCUCAUUAACCAGCCUAAGGAAAUUGAAUCUGAACAGCACGAAGCUAUCGGCUCAGACAUUUGAGUCUUUGAAGAAGCGACUGCCGGCCCUGCAGGAAUUCGACGUUCGAUAUACGGAGGCCUGGUGACCCGAGUUUGCGUCCAGCGUCUCGCCCAUCGGCGAUCGUUGCGACGAGAUGAACAAAGAAAUAACGCUGGUAAUGAGGUUAUUCGGAUCCUCAGACUUGGUUGGUCGGAAGAAAACUCAAGAGACAUCACGAAGUAAUGUUCGCAACUAAUCAAUGUAAUCAAUCCGAUCCGGAUAUUGAGCAUUGGGCGUGAUAAACGCGUUCGUUUUGCUUCGAAGUUUUGUUGCGAAAUGAUCGCCGAAAGCUAAGGACUUUCGCCAGUGAAUUCUUUCGAAUAGAAGAAAACAAAGUCUUCUAUUAAGUACUAUGCAGGAUAAGUGAAGAAAGAAUCUUUUACGCUGUUUUUACGUAUCUUCGACGUAUCUUGCUUCUUCCAGUUUAAUUGAUUGACGAUUGGUUCCUUUCCAGAGGGCGAUAAAUAUGCGCGAUAGAUCGACAGUAUCAGUACAUAUAUAUAUUCGCGUAUAACGUAUCUUCCAUUUUCCAAAUUAAUAUUAUUUAUGAUAUUGCGAGAUAGGUCAAGAUUUUGUCCGAAAAUUCAUAUUAGGUGACACUCUCGCAAAGAAUGUUAAUUUAAACGCGCAUUGUCGACGGGAGACUGCACUUUUCACGAACAUUCCAGCACUGUGAACUCACUGUCAGACGUCAGUUUCCAGGAAAGACACAUAUUCUGUGUGAAUAAAUAAAUAUUUGGCGUGCGACAAGCGGUCUCUCAGCAUUUGCAUAGAAUGCAAAAAUUUGUUCGAGAGACAAAUGGAGAUAUGUGAGAAGGCACGUAAUGAUCGUUUGAAGACUCGUGAUCGUUAAAGUCGAGGAAUGUGAAUUGGUUACACGGUAAGUUGUCCACCCGGCGGUCGGCGAAGGGAAUAUUUGCGCGGACAAAUGCGAUGUAUCGUGCAGAAGUAACGCGCUUGUCUCGGCGAUUCUAAUCGAAAAUGGCCAUUAACAACCGCACUUAAUGGCUAUUCACGUUUUUACGCAACUGUGAAGGCCAGUUUCGUCGAGCGUCAAUUUUAAUAGUAAUUUUAGUAAGUCCUUCCUCCAUCUAUUUUUAUUUCUAGAAAAAAGCGUUUCUACGCGUUAUUAAAGCGUUAGAGGCGCGAUAUCUUCCUUCUUUUGUCCAGUCUCUUGUAUUUUUUUUAUACUCGUGUGAUAUUAUUUCUUAUUAAUAUUACUUUAUGACGGAGAUUACAAAUAUCGUCUGUAUAUCGCUGUAUAUUUGACUUUCGUUUAUCAAAGAUGCGCGUUGCUAAGUAGCAUCGUGUUCAUCAUUCGCGACGAAAUUGAAAGUUGUUCCGAUCCGUCGUGUCAUGAAAGAAAAUUUUUUGCGUUGUGGGAGUAAUAAUGAAAUGGUUAUUGCUGGCAUAACUUCGCAUAACGAGAAAUCUUUCCUGCCUUUCUGUAAACUUGCUUCUCGGUGGUUUACAGAGACAAGAAAGAAAUUGUCGUGCGUCGUUUUACCGAAUCAUUAAGAAGCAAACAGUUGAUUACAAGAGAGAUUCUUGAGUAACAACAACCAGCAAAGAUCACAAGAUGAUAACGAUGAUGAUAGCAACUGUAACGACCCUUUGCGAUCUUCGACGCGAAAUAAAGACUGUUCUCAAUCGUGUGUCAGCGUGUUGCCGGACGGCAACCGCCAAUCGAUCCCCGUGCGUCAAGUGCCCUUCUCGUCGGGGGACACUACCGACUUAUCCCUUUCCGUUCGAGGCGUGCCCAACUGCCUUAAUCAGCGAGUUCUGAGCGACCACUGCCACAACACGCGCGCGUCGCGUCACGGACGCGAUUUUACUCUAGUAAAAAAUAAAACGAGCGAAGCUUCGAAGCGUUCCCGCGUCCUGUCGCGAAAUCGCGGAAGUCUCGCAUUUCCGCGUUUCCAUCGUAAGCGCGGCGAAGCUCCGCGAGUCGCGGACGACGUGGACUCGCACAACAUGCAUUUCGUUCCUUAAUGUAAAUAGAUAGGUAGACAAUUAAGGAUCGUCUCCCUCUCCCGUUUCUCCUUCGAUCAAUUAGAUAGAUUUUAAUAAUUUAUUCUCUAGCUAGAAACCUUCUCGUAUUUAUAUAUUACAAUAAUAUCACAUGUAUGUCGCACGAUCCAACUCGUAUUAGCGUGAACACGCGUUUAGGGGGAUUUAGUCGAUAUUUCGAGUUUAGAGCGCCGACAAGAGAAAGGAGAGAAAGAGAGAGGGUGCCACUCUCGAAGAGUGGCAGAAUUCGGCCGUCGCAUGGGAGUCGCAGCGAUGACGAUUCGGCGAUUUCAUAAAAAAAAAAA